AUGAAGGACUUGGGGCCUCUCAGUUACUUCCUUGGCAUACAAGCUCAGCUUCUUCCCACUGGUUUGUUCUUGAACCAACAGAGAUAUGCAACAUACCUUCUCCAAGCUGCAGGGAUGCUAGACUGCGCUCCGAUGCCUACACCUCUCCCUCUUCAAUUAGACAGAGUGCCGAAUCAAGACGAGUACUUCUCCAAUCCUACUUACUUUUACAGCUUAGCUGGGAAGCUCCAAUAUCUCACACUGACGAGACCGGACAUUCAGUUUGCUGUAAAUGUAGUGUGUCAGAAGAUGCACAAACCAACUGUGGCAGAUUUUCACUUGUUGAAGUGA